AUGGAGUGGGUUUCGGAGUCGGCGGCCGUGAGGCGGCACCGCGUCGGAGGCGAGCGCCGGGACGGCCCGGCCGCCGCGCCGCCGCUGCCGGAGCGGGAGGCCCGGGCGCCGGAGAGCCUGGCGGACGCGCGCGGCGGCGGCGGCGGCGGCGGGAGGACGCGGAAGCGCAGCGGGGCGGGCGGCGGCGGCGGCGGCGGGAGCGGGGCUGCGCGGAGCGGGCUGUCCGAGGCGCGCGCCGCGCUGGGGCUGGCGCUCUACCUGCUCGCGCUGCGGACGCUCGUGCAGCUGUCGCUGCAGCAGCUCGUGCUGCGCGGGGCCCCGGGCCACCCGCGGGAGUUCGACGCGCGCCAAGCCAGGGAUCAUCUUGAACACAUAACAUCCAUUGGCCCCAGGACAACAGGGAGUCCAGAAAAUGAAAUCCUGACCGUGCAUUACCUCUUGGAACAGAUUAAACUGAUUGAAGUUCAAAGCAACAGCCUACACAAGAUUUCAGUAGAUGUACAGCGGCCCACAGGCUCCUUCAGCAUUGACUUUUUGGGAGGUUUUACAAGCUACUAUGACAACAUCACCAACGUGGUGGUAAAGCUGGAACCCAGAGAUGGAGCCCAGCACGCUGUUCUGGCUAAUUGUCACUUUGACUCUGUGGCAAACUCACCAGGUGCCAGCGAUGAUGCUGUUAGCUGUUCGGUGAUGCUGGAAGUCCUCCAUGUCUUGUCCACAUCCUCGGAGGCCUUGCAUCAUGCUGUCAUAUUUCUCUUUAACGGUGCUGAGGAAAAUGUUUUGCAGGCCAGUCAUGGUUUCAUUACUCAGCACUCCUGGGCCAACUCAAUUCGUGCAUUUAUUAACCUGGAGGCAGCAGGGGUAGGAGGGAAAGAACUUGUAUUCCAAACAGGUCCUGAAAAUCCUUGGUUGGUCCAAGCGUACGUUUCCACAGCCAAACAUCCUUUUGCAUCUGUGGUGGCUCAGGAGGUUUUCCAGAGUGGCAUCAUUCCUUCAGACACCGACUUCCGCAUCUACAGGGACUUUGGGAACAUUCCAGGAAUAGACUUAGCUUUUAUUGAAAACGGAUACAUUUAUCACACCAAGUACGACACAGCGGACAGAAUUCUAACAGAUUCCAUUCAGAGAGCAGGUGACAACAUUUUAGCAGUUCUUAAGUAUCUAGCUACAUCUGAUGUGUUGGUUUCUUCCUCUAAGUACCGGCAUGGGAACAUGGUCUUCUUUGAUGUGCUCGGCCUGUUUGUCAUUGCCUACCCCUCCCGUGUCGGCUCCAUCAUUAACUGCAUGGUGCUGGCGGCUGCUGUCCUGUACCUGGGCAAAAAGUUGUUGCAGCCCAAACAUAACACAGCUCACUACCCGAAGGACUUCUUCUGUGGGCUUGGCAUCACCGUGAUAGGCUGGUUCACCAGCCUGGUGACCGUCCUCAUCAUAGCCGUGUUCAUCUCUCUGAUCGGACAGUCUCUCUCAUGGUACAACCACUUCUAUGUCUCCGUCUGUCUUUACGGAACUGCUGCUGCAGCCAAGAUAAUAUUCAUACACACCCUGGCAAAAAGGUUUUACUAUGUGAACGCCAGUGACCAGUAUCUGGGAGAAGUAUUCUUUGACAUCGCGCUGUUUGUGAACUGCGGCACCCUCAUAGCGCUCAUUUACGGAGGAUUCUGCUCGGCAUUCAUCAGUGCCGUGUGGGUGGCGUUCCCGCUGCUCACAAAGUUUUGUGUGCACAAGGGCUUCCAGCAGCACGGUGCCCGAGGAAAGUUCAUUGCCUUUUACCUCGUGGGGAUGUUUAUCCCUUACCUUUACGCAUUAUACCUCAUCUGGGCGGUGUUUGAGAUGUUCACCCCUAUCCUCGGGAGGAGUGGCUCCGAAAUCCCGCCCGACGUUGUGCUGGCUUCCAUUCUGGCUGGUUGUACAAUGAUUCUCUCCUCGUAUUUUAUUAACUUCAUCUACCUUGCCAGAAGCACACAAAAGACCAUGCUAACCCUCACUCUGGUGUGUGCAGUCACAUUCCUCCUCGUUUGCAGUGGAACUUUCUUCCCGUACAGCUCCAACCCCGCCAGCCCAAAGCCAAAGAGGGUGUUUCUCCAGCAUACGACAAGGACAUUUCAUGACUUGGAUGGAAAAGUAGUUAAACGGGAUUCCGGAAUAUGGAUCAAUGGGUUUGAUUACACGGGAAUGUCUCACAUCACCCCUCACGUCCCCGAGAUCAACGACACCAUCCGGGCACACUGCGAGGCGGCGGCGCCCCUCUGCGGCUUCCCGUGGUACCUCCCCGUGCACUUUCUCAUCAGGAAAAACUGGUAUCUCCCCGCCUCAGAGGUUGCUCCCGGAGAACCUGUUCAUUUCAGACUUCUGUCCAGAGAGCAGACCCCCUGGGAUUCUGUGAGGCUGACCUUUGAAGCAUCAGGACCAAGUCACAUGUCACUGUAUGUCCGACCCCACAAAGGGUCCACGCUGUCUCAGUGGUCUCUCGGCAAUGGCACCCCCGUCACAAGUAAAGGAGGGGACUACUUUGUCUUUUACUCCCAUGGACUCCAAGCCUCCGCAUGGCAGUUCUGGAUAGAAGUGCAGGUCCUGGAGGAGCAGCCCGAGGGGGCCGUCACGGUGGCCAUUGCUGCCCACUAUUUUUCUGGGGAAGACAAGCGGUCCUCCCAGCUGGACGCUCUGAAAGAGAAGUUCCCAGACUGGACGUUCCCUUCUGCCUGGGUGUGCACCUACGACCUCUAUGUGUUUUAA